UUCUUCCUCUUAACUCCGCGUCUUUUUUGGCUUUCUCACUGGCAGUAUUUCAUCUUCUUCGAGCUGUUGUCAAGAUCAUACUUCUGGAAGAACCGCCCUCUUCUUACCCGCACCUCCUCCUGUUCCAACUGCCUCCACACCGUCAAAAUGACCAUCUCCAAUGGCAUCACCUACCCAAACGCCCACACAACCAGAGUCCAGAACCCCCGUCUGCGUCUCCUCAACAAGCUCCGCGAUGGAGAGUACCCUCUCAUGACUUUCAUGGCCAUCCCCUCUGUCCGCCAAGCCCAAGUGGUUGCCCUGACCGGUCUUGACGGCAUCAUCAUCGAUUGUGAGCACGGUCACAUCUCCGAUGACUCCAUGCACAACUCCGUCGCGGCCAUCUCAGCCCUGGGUGUAUCACCCAUCAUCCGCAUCCGCGGCCCCGCACAUGACAUUCUCAAGCGCGCCCUUGAUACUGGCGCGCACGGCGUCAUGGUGCCCCAGGUCAGUACGGCCGAGGAAGCCGCAGCCAUUGUCGCGUCGAGCAAGUUUCCGCCACAGGGCGUGCGAGGGCAGGGCUCUGCCUUCCCUGCUAUCGGCCAUGGGCUGACGACGCCCGAGUACAUGAAGAGCGCGAACGAGACGAUCAUCACCAUGAUCCAGAUCGAGACGCGGGCAGGCGUAGAGAACGUCGAUGCCAUUGCAGCGGUGCCCGGUGUGGAUGUUGUGUUUAUCGGCCCCAACGACCUGGCACAAGCUUUGCUGGGCUAUACGCCCGCUCGAGGUGAUGAGCCGGAGUUUAUAGAGGCGAUGGAUAAGAUUGUCGCGGCGGCGAAGAAGCAUGGCAAGUGGGCUGCACGUAUGGUGAAUAACGGCGUCACUGCGAGGGAAGGACGGAAGAAGUACGAUACAGUGGCUAUGACGGGGGAUACGAAGGCGAUUCAGAACUGGUAUAUGGCGGAGAUUGAUAUUGCCAAGUCGUGAAAUUGAAAUAAGAUUGCAUUGCUUCUGGGAAAUUUUAGAGUGGAUAUAUACAAAAUGGGAAACUUUCUAAUUUGGU